AUGGCGAAUCGAUACGAACUCGACGAAAUGGCUGCUAGCAAGCAUGCCCGACCUACAGUGGAAGAUGUCUCACAACUUAGUGACCAAGACCACAUGGACAGCGCUCAAUUGAACAUGCUGGGGAAAAAGUCAGUACUCAAGAGAAACUUUGGAGGAUGGACAAUCCUAGGCUUCAGCUGCGCUGUCCUUGUAACAUGGGAAGGAACCCUCAUGAACUUCGCACCCGGCCUCACAAACGGUGGUAGCGCUGGUAUAAUCUACGGCUUCAUCUUCGUCUGGAUCGGUGUCCUCAGCUCCUUCGCGACCCUCUGCGAACUCGUUUCCAUCGCCCCCAUGGCAGCUGGCCAGUACCACUGGGUCGCCAUGCUUGCCCCUCCUCGAUACUCGAAAUACCUUAGUUACAUCACCGGUUGGAUGAACUUUGCAGGCUGGCAAGGAACCUCUGCAGCAGCUGGGUUCCUCACGGCGACAAUGAUACAGGGUCUUGUCAUUUUUACGCGCCCCGAUUACGAUGCGCAGACAUGGCAUGGUACUCUCUUGAUCUGGGCUUGCAUCUUGGUUGCCAUUAUCAUCAAUACUAUUGUCAGCGCCUUGCUUCCUAUCCUCGAGGGCAUGAUUUUGAUCUUACAUCUUAUUGGGUUCUUUGCCAUUCUUAUCACUCUUCUUGUUUUCCGAGACAACGACAACGGCACUGAAGUAUUUACAGAGUGGAGGAACGGUGGUGAGUGGCCUACGCAAGGUCUCUCUUGGUUCGUAGGAUUGUUGGGCUGCGUCUUUUCCUUUACUGGUGUUGACUGUUCUUUUCAUAUGUGUGAAGAAGUCAGAAACCCUUCCUUAGUGGUUCCUCGAUCCAUCAUGGGCAGUAUCACUAUUAAUGGCCUCUUGGGCUUUGGAAUGAUCAUCGCCAUGCUUUACAGUGCCACCGACAUCGACGCAGCGGUCGAGUCUCCCACCGGAUAUCCCUUCAUGGAGAUCUUCUACCAGGCGACAGGGUCCAUCAACGGAACAGCAGGAAUGGUAUCAUUGAUUGUUCUCAUGACCCUGUCAGCUACUGUUGGUGUCAUCGCCUCAACAUCACGUAUGCUGUGGGCUUUUGCUCGUGAUAACGCCAUGCCUUUUUCAGGCACCCUCUCAAAGGUGGAACCUCGAACCAACAUGCCUGUCUGGUCCAUCUCCAUCACAUGUCUUAUUUCUUGCCUCAUCGGUUUGAUCAACCUCGGCUCAGAAGUCGUCUACAAUGCCAUCAUCUCAGUUGCAAUUUCUGGCCUCUACGCAUCCUACUUUAUGCCCGCCAUACUACUUCUCUAUCGACGCUGCGACAAAGAUUACAAGAUCAGAAAUAUCGCCGGCGAUGGACAAGUUCUUGAAUGGGGACCUUGGCAUCUCAAGGGUAUGGUCGGUAUUGCCAACAACAUCUUUGCAUGCAUCUUCAUCUUCAUUGUUUGGUUCUUUAGCUUGUGGUCACCUCAAACUCCAGUGGAUGCUGCGACGAUGAAUUAUGCUCCUUUAAUGACUGGUGGAAUUGCUAUUAUUGCUACCAUCUACUACUUUUUGUUUGCCAACAAGGUGUAUGUUGGGCCCAAGGUGGAAAUUUAG